CAAGCGCCUUUCUCUCGGAGAAGAAGAAGAUAAAAUCACCAGUUCAAGCAGAAGCAGCAGCGGUAGAAAGAAGAAGAAGAAGCUCAAGGUCUCAGAGAUAGAAUGAAGGCUGGUUUAGAGUUACCUCCGGGCUUCAGAUUCCAUCCAACGGAUGAGGAGCUUGUGAUGCACUAUCUCUGCCGUAAAUGUGCGACACAGUCGAUUGCCGUUCCAAUCAUCGCAGAGAUUGAUCUUUACAAAUACGAUCCAUGGCAGCUUCCAGGCAAGGCGCUUUACGGUGAGAAAGAGUGGUACUUCUUCUCUCCAAGGGACCGGAAGUACCCAAAUGGUUCCCGGCCGAACCGGGCCGCCGGGACCGGUUACUGGAAAGCCACCGGAGCCGAUAAACCGAUUGGACACCCAAAAGCGAUCGGAAUCAAGAAAGCGUUGGUGUUCUAUACUGGGAAGGCACCCAGGGGAGAGAAAACCAACUGGAUCAUGCACGAGUAUCGCCUUGCCGAUGUCGAUAGGUCAGCUCGUAAGAAGAACAGCUUAAGGCUUGAUGAUUGGGUGCUCUGCCGGAUCUACAAUAAGAAGGGCUCCAUGGAGAAACAAACCACCGCCGACGAGAAACCGGCACCGUCAACGACGAAUUGCUCUUCCGAUUUCAUUGACCAGAAGCCGGAACACCUGAAAAUGCUAGCACCACCACCGUCGGCAGUGCCAUCGUUGAUGGACGAGUUUCCGUACAUGGAUACGUCAGAUUCGAUUCCAAGGUUACACACGGAUUCAAGCUGCUCGGAGCAUGUGCUAUCGCCAGAGUUUACCUGCGAGAGAGAGGUUCAAAGCGAGCCCAAGUGGAAUGAAUGGGAUAAAGCCCUCGAAGUUCCGUUUAAUAACAUGGAUGCCAUUGAUAACCCUUUCGCUCAGUUCCACAACAGUAAUAGUAACAACGUGCUCAAUCCUUUGCAAGACAUGUUCAUGUACCUGCAUAAGCCCUUCUAAGCUGCCAUCGGGAAACGGAGUUUCAAAAAAAAAAUUUUACUUCCAUGGCAUGGCACAUGAGACUAAAGUCUGUGAGUGUGCAUGUGCGAGGGUGGCACACGAGUUGUAGCAAGGAUUUUGCUAACAUGCAUUUGG